GCUCCACCAAAACUUUCCGAACUCGGCUAUGGCCCUAAGGAGGAGGAGGAUCCGCUGUAUUUACGACUUAGCCCGACCUCCUCCAUCCCCCACACUAUUGCGACAUACAACCUCUAUAAGGUUUAUUUAUUUCUUCGUUGUGAAAUAUCCUUUCCAAUUCAAUCGUAACUAACCGUUGCAUACUGCCCACCAUGGCUGUUGCUCAGAGGAAUAUCGAUGCCGUCAACAUGACCCAGAAGAAGUCCGACGUGACUCUAACAGUCCUCGGCUGCGGGACUAUGGGAAUAGCCAUCUUAUCGGGCAUACUUGCCUCCCUCUCUGAGGCAAGGAGCCACUCCGCAUACCCCUCAGAGUCCGGAACCACCACACCAUCAGAACUGGUCCCGGAGCAGAAGAUCCCAAAUAACUUCAUCGCCUGCGUGCGUCGGCCGGAAUCCGCAAAACGCGUUCGCAAAGCCCUGGAAAGCUACUCAAUGCCAUUGACCGUGCUGCAAAACGAGAACAUCAAGGCCGUCAAUGACGCUGAGGUCGUCAUCCUCGGCUGCAAACCAUACAUGCUUCAGGACGUGCUCGGCGUGCCUGGCAUGACUGAGGCGCUUGAGGGAAAACUCCUAAUCAGCAUCCUUGCUGGCGUAACCGUUGACCAGAUCGAGAACACAUUAUACCCAUCCACCUCGACGGUUCCAGAAUCAAAACGGUGCCGUGUCGUUCGUGCCAUGCCCAAUACCGCCGCGAUCGUCCGUGAAUCUAUGACCGUCAUCGGCACCUCCACCCCACCCCUCCCCGAGGAGUGGAAUGUGUUGAUAUCCUGGAUAUUCUCCCGCGUCGGGAGGGUGGUCACCCUUCCUCCAUCAAUGAUGGAUGUGUGCACGUCGCUCGCUGGCUCGGGCCCUGCAUUUGUAGCCUUGGUUAUGGAAGCGAUGGCUGACGGAGCUGUUGCGAUGGGACUGCCGAGGGCAGAGGCGCAGAUGAUGGCUGCCCAGGUCAUGCGUGGGACCGCUGGUAUGGUCCAGAAUGGUGAGCAUCCGGCGUUGAUUAGAGAGAAGGUUAGCACCCCGGGUGGAUGCACGAUUGGUGGUUUGUUGGUUCUUGAAGAGGGACGAGUUAGGGGGACGCUCGCGCGGUCGGUUAGAGAAGCGACGGUUGUCGCAAGUCAGUUGGGACAGGGUAUCCAGGGCGUUAAUGGGACUCGCUUUUAAAGGACGGGAUUUACUGCGGUGAAUCCUCUUGCUUUGGUCGUUUGUGGUGAGCGAUGGCUGGCUCGCCUAUUUUCGGGCUUUUCUCUUUUCUUAUUGUAAUAGAAGGUAAGGCAAGGUAAAAAAAAAAAAAAAAAAAAAAAAAG